AUGGCAGCAACGAGCCCGGUGCCCGAGGCGGCCGCCCAGGACCUCGGGCCCACGAUGGUGGAGGAGGGCGUCGCGCCCCCCGCUGCCGCGGACGUGGCGCGGCCCGUGGCAGGCCGCCGCCACGGCCGCACCGCGCUCGCCGCGGCCACCGUGCUGCUCCUCGGACCCGCCGCGCUGGCCGCGAGCCUGCACCACGCGUGCGCCCUCGGCCUCCGCGUGGACGACGUGCACGUCUCUGCGCCGGAGGGCGCGGGCUCCGCCGACGUGCUGCUCGACGCAGGCCUGGUGCGGCCGGCCUGGUCCCCGCACCGCGCCUGGCUGCGGAGCGCCACGUGCCAGCUGCGGGUGCGCGACCUGGACGUCGCCGUCGAGGCCCUGGCCUAG